UCGUUUCGUUCGUGCGCCAUCGGUCGGACAGAAAAAUUGAUAAUUUUAUUUUAUUGAUGAGAGUUUUUCAUUAUUUUAUUGUACAUACGUAUAAGCUAACAUAAAUAAAGCAAUUUAAUACGAGGGUUUUCUUUUAACAAAUUAGAUGAAUUUCGAAAUGUAAGGCGUUCACGCUCGUAAACCGCUUGGCCGGGUUAUUGACGUUUCAUCAAGUAUCAAAAGAGAGCUUCACUUCCAUCAAUGCUGUUUGUGUAUUAGACCGAUUCGUUCGUGGGUGUGUAGUAGUUAGUGAACUAUUGUAGAAAAAUAUUUAACGUUGUGAAGUGUAGUUGUUGUGAUACUUUACUUGGUUAACUAUGUGUAAAAAAUUGGCACAGGCAAGGCACACUGGAUUGCAUCAAGGGGGAGAAAACUUGAGACCUUCAUAAAAUGGGCGCACGCGCGCUACGAGCGGGCGGCGCGGCGGCGGCGUCCGGUGACGAGCGCUGCGCGACCGGCGCAGCCAACCAGCUCACGUUUGUCCGAUCGGCUUAAAACGGGCUCACCCGAAUAGUAUGGAGGAGUACAAGAAGCGGACACACGUAGGCACUAAAGUUUCCAAAAUUGCUAAUAUUUUCCAAGGGAUGCCGACGAGAGACGACGAAGACAUGCGCGGAAGCGACGUGACCGUGGUGCGCACGGAGAGCCACCUGGCUAGAUUUAAUAAUGCGCGAGCUUUGUUCGAGAAGUUGGGUGAGGAAAAUCGAGGUUUCCGUAUCGAGAAGUCUUCGUCUGCAGCGGCGAGCUUCGCGGGCACGCGCGGGUUCCCGCCAGCGGCGCCGACUCGCUCGCGCUCCAGUUCGGCGGGCUCCGUGAGCCCACCGCGCCGCAACGUCACCCCGCCGGCACCCGCGCUCAAUGGCGAUCGAGUUGCCAACGGUGCAUCGCAACCACCUCCUAAGCCCGCGAAACCGAGUGUUUUGCCCAAGCCGGAUAAACCUGAUAGACGUUUCAACAAAGAACUUAUUGAAAAACAAAGAAAUUGGACUGCUCAUUUUAAUAAAACGCGAACGUCGCGUCCAGAACACGAACAGAAAGUGGAAUCUAAGUAUAUUAGUGGUUAUCAGGAUAGAAAAUCGCCGGAGGUUCCCGAGAGAUAUGUAGUUCCCUCGCGAGUUUAUUCUCCACCUCUAUCGCCAUGUGCCGGCGAUUCUCAAGUUGAACGCCCUACUACUUUACCUGCAACUUUAGUCAGUCGAGGUAUGUCAGGGGCGAAAUCUCCUAGUCCUAUUAAAAACGUCGCCACUGUAUCACCCUCUUCUAGGACUACUAAUCUAGUCUCGCCCCCAGCGAGGACUGAAGCUGCUAUUGCUUCUUCUGGUAGGAAAGAUAGUUUAAGUUCACCGACAAUAGCAAGUGUGGAGCCAUAUUCACAACAAAUAGGAUCAAUCGAAAGAAUAUCACCCAGAACUCGUUCUGCUACUUCUCCGAGAAAAGAGGAAGACCUAUUUCACGAAAGAGAUGAUUCAUUGUCACCUAAGAAGACUGAUUAUUUACAAUCUCCUAGUUCAGUAACAAAGCCAAUCGAGCGUGUCUCACCUACCUCGGCCGCACCUCCCGCUCUGGUGACCUCAGGAGCGGAACCGGUGUCGUUGCCGCGCCAUCAGAAAUCUCCACCGACACCGACAGCUAGGUCUCCCAAAUCUCCUCUCCCACCGCUACCUCACGAAGAAAAGCAUUUGCCAUUUACCGACCGGCGCGAAUCGACCGUGUCUCCACUGCCCGAAGAAAGUGUAACUACCAGUACUAGUGUACCCAUCGGUCGGGGGUCCGUUUCGAAAAGUGACUCUGUGCCUACGUCUCCUCGGUUGCCUGACUCCCCGGUGGAUGAAUGUGAUCAUUAUUCCCAUGUAGUUCAAAAUCCGGGAUGUUACGAGAACGUCGAAGUGUCGCCAACAAAAAGUGAGCCUAAAAGUGUGGACGAUGAUUACGAGCCGGUGCAGUUUACUGGUGAGUGGGAGGAGAAGGAGAAGCGGCGGUCGUCGACGCCGGAGUCGCCGGCGGCGGGCGAGGUGACCAGCCCGCCGCGCUCGCCGCGGUCGCCGUUGGCGUCGCCGGUGGCUUCACCUGUGCAGCACCUCUCAUCUUCCCCGCCGGUCACCACCUCCCCGUCUCCUGUUGGCGGAGGCCGCAAAUCAUCGGAGGCGGAGGAGGGCGUGCGUCGCGGGCGCGGCUCCCGCGCGUCCAGCGUGUCCGAUGAGGGGGGCUUCAACGAGCCGUCGCCUGAGGUGGUGGCGCGGCUGCGACCCGCCGACUAUCGCGAGCCUGCACCUGCACUCACGCGGGACCACCGCGACGCCGACCGCGCCAGCUCAGACCCAGACACGCUUUCAGCGGCUCACCAGGACUCAGGCGUGGUAGUAAGCGAGGCGUCGCAGGGCUCGAUUGAAGUGCUCGACAAGUCGACCACUAGUCAAUGGAGCGUGUCGGAGGAGGCAGCGGAGCGCGGGGUAGAGGGUGCGGACGCGGCGGACGCGCGCUGGGAGCCCGAGGAUAACAAGCAGCCCGACAGCAUGACGCCCGACGAGGCCGAGAUAUUGCUUAGCUCCAGUAUUCUGGAGAAGAAGCUUAGACAAGAAGCUCUGCUGUCGGACGAGCAGGCGCAGGAGAUAGUGGCGAUGUUGUCGCCUCACAACGGCGUCUCGCUCAACGACAGCUACCAGUCGGUGCUCUCAUACGAGAGCAUGCAGUCUGUGGAUGAGAGCUACGAAUUCGUCUCUUUGGAAGCGGAGGCGAGUAUGGCGGGCGGGGACCGCAAGCAGCCGCAGGAGGCGUCGCCGGCGCCGGGCCGCGAGCCCGAGAGGCAGGCCGAGGACCGCCCCGACGAGGACUCGUCCGUGUUCGACGUGUACCCGCCGCAGUCGCUGCGGGAACUAGGCGAGGACAACGGCAUACAUUACUUCGAGGAUGGACACUUCUAUACUGAGGUGGCCGGUCUCCCGCCCAUUGAAGAAGAUGAGGACGACGACUACUACCCGCCAGUGUUUGUUAAGAAAAAUACCAAAGUUAAAUUCAGUACGAAUCCAAUGCGCGUGUUCUCUACGCACUCGGUCCGCGAGUACGACCGUCGCAACGAGGACGUUGACCCGGUGGCCGCGUCCGCCGAGUACGAGCUGGAGAAGAGGGUGGAGAAGAUGCAUGUGUUCCCCGUCGACCUCGUCAAGGGUGCUGAUGGGCUCGGCCUGUCCAUUAUAGGAAUGGGUGUAGGAGCGGACGCGGGGCUAGAGAAGCUGGGUAUAUUCGUGAAGACGAUCACCGAGAGCGGCGCGGCGGCGCGCGACGGACGAAUCCAGGUCAACGACCAGAUCAUCGAGGUCGAUGGCAAGAGUCUCGUGGGUGUGACGCAAGCGUACGCGGCGUCAGUGCUCCGCAACACGUCGGGGCCGGUGAAGUUCCUCAUCGGGCGCGAGAAGGACCCGGAUAACAGCGAGGUGGCCCAUCUCAUACGACAGUCGCUUGCUGCCGACAAGGAGCGCGAGGAGAGAGCGGCUCGCGAGCGUCAGCGGCGGCAGCAGAGCGAAGAGGAGGAGGCGGCGCCGCCCGCCGCCGACGGGGCCGCCGGCACGCGGCAUCCCGACAUCAGCGAGGUGCGCGCGCUGUUGCACGAGCUGGUGGGCAUGGAGGCGGGCGGCGGCGGCGCGGACGAGAUCUCGGUGCGGCUGCGCGAGUGGUGCGCCGUGCGCGCGCCCGACGACCUGCAGCGCGCCGCCGACACCGCGCACCGCGCACGCGUCAAGUACGAAAAGGCCCGGCGCGCGCUGCGCGAGUGGCGGCGCACGCGCGCCAUGGUGCGCGCGCGCGAGGAGUGGUGGAGCGGCGCGCUGCGGGACGCGCACCGCGAGUACGCCUCCGCGCUGUCCGCGCUGCACGACCGCGUCGCCAGGCUCGAGGUGCUGCUGCUGGAGACACAGAAGAAGGCGGGUCUACCCGUGAUGCUGCCACACGAGCCGUCAGCGCGUCGCGAGACCCCGCCGCUACCCCGACGCCCGGACCCCGACCCGUUGCUCAUCAACGAUCCGUGGAGCUCGGACAGCGAUCUCUCCGACAUAUCUCCAGUGGAGGACGAAUACGCAAAAAUCGAUAAGUCUGAACGACGUCGAGAACGAGAAGCGCCCGACAUCGGUGACGUCACCGUCACUACUGCGGCAGACAAGCCUGCCAACACUACAGUAGUAACCAGUGUUGCCAACGUUGCCAAUGUGACCAGUGUUGCCAGUAGCGGAAGUAGCGCAGUGGCAGUACCGAGCGCGGUGCCCGUGCCGGCGCGUGUUGACAACUCGUAUCAGACGUCUGCCGCGCCGCUGCCGCCGAGACAUGACACCCCUCCCACAAGGCAGGAGAAGCAAGAGGCUACAGCGUCGCCGGCACAUGUUGCCGAUACUAUGUCAUGCAGCGGACCUAGUGGCGGUUGCGAGACGGCGUCCCGCGAGCUGGACGCGGCGGUCCCGCGCGGCACUGCUCUACUGGACACGUCGGCGCACCGCGCGCGCACCGAGAUAGCGCGGCAUCGCCACCACGCGCCGCAUUCGUCGCCACACUCGCCGCACUCGCUCAGCAAUGCUAGCUCCUACGACGGACUAGACGAUUCGUACAACGACUCGGCAGACGAAUCGCUCAGCGAGUCAACGUCGGGAGCGCCUACGCACACUGCACACACCACGCGCGACACGCGGCAGAGCUGCGGAAGCUCCGUGGGCAGCGCGGUGGACGACGCCGUGUACUCGCGCGACCAUCGCCACCUCCUCACCGGGCCGGCGGCGUCGCUAGCGGAGCAGCUGAAGCAAGUGCUGGCGGAGCGCGAGCGGCGGCUGACGGGCGACGGGCGGGAGCCGCGGCCCGAGCGGGGCGCCGAGCCCGCGCCGCACCACCCCGACCCCGUGCGCCUCACCGACGAGCUGGUCGACGAGAUCCGCCAGGCGGUCAGCGAGGCCAACGCCAGAGUGAAAAAAGCUCCGGCUUGUGUAGUCGGCGGCGAGGUGCCGUGGCAGCCGCUGUCCACCGCCGUCAGCGACGCCAGCCUGUCGCCGCCGCCCGGACACAUGUCGCCGCACCCGCCCACGCACUGGACCAAGCAACAGGUGUGGCAGUGGGUGUCGGGGCUGGGCGAAGGCUUGGAGCGCCACGCGGGCGCGUUCGCAGCGCGCGGCGUGGACGGCGCCCUCCUGCUGGCGCUCAGCUCGGCCGACCUCAAGCUGCUCGGGCUGGGCGGCGACGACCGCCGCCGCAUGAAGCGCCGCCUCAAGGAGCUCCGCGCCGCGCACGAGAAACACCUCAAGGCGCUCAAGAAGGCCGAGAAGAAGGCCAAGAAGAAGUAAGUCGCCUCCAGCCCGCCGCCCGACAGUCGCAGCGUCGCCCACACGUGUAGUCGGCAGCAAUAACAUAGAAACGCGCCUAAAAUUCAAUAUUAUGUAUUACGCAUUACCUACUUUAAUGAGUUUAUAUAAUUUUGAGAAUGUGACAAUGUAAUAUAUUAGUGCGCCGACCGUACACAAGACUAAAUUUCUUUCAGGCUCGCCCUUACUACUACGAGUCGUACACUCGACGUACCGAAUCUACAGUAAUUUAGUCGUUAUUUUGUAAUCUUCUGUGAACUAUCUUCUUCAUUCUAUUCGACUGUAAAUUGUUUAUGUCGUCGAGACUUACCUGUGUAAACGAGGCUGCUAUCAGAAUUAUUACCUAUUUAUUAUUUAGAACCACGUUUAAUUGUUGCCGCCUAGAGCUUCGAUGUGUACCUUGUUUCAUUCUUCUCUUAUUAUUUCUCACGGGGAAGCUCUAGAUGCGCAAUGCUGCGCUGCAGAGUGUAGCGACUGUGAGGCGACUGCCAUGUGACUGAGACAGUGGUGGUGGAUGUGGGAGCUGUGUCCGAUAGCGUAGCGAGUGCCAUCUGACCUAUAGCUUAGAGAUUAGUGACGUUAGUGCUGCUUCGAACGAAGAAACGAAUACUAUUAAUCGAAAAUUAGAUGAUAAGUGAAUACGGAACAGGACAAGUAGAACACGAACUAGACUGUUUAUCGUAACCUAAGCAGUAUACAAAAUAUGAAUACAGGUGUUUGUUUGGAACUAUAAAAUUUCUUCGUUGUUCCUACAUUUUAUAUUAAUUGUGUCAGUUUUUCUUCAUAUUCGAAUGUGGUAUAAGGGAAAGUCGGAAAAAUACUGGCUCAAUCUAGUCAUAAGAUGAAUUGUAAGCUGUUCGAAAGUCAUGAAAUACUUUAUGAAACAAUUUUUCUUAGAAAUUUUCACAUACCUAUUUAAGAUAGAAUGUAUCCUUCGUGUAUGUAACGAUCACCCGCUACGUAUUUAUUAACAGGAAUGUAACAUGUUAAUUUAUUUUAGACUUUAUAAUAUUCAGAAUGCAUUGCAAAUUGUGUUUGUAGUCUUGGCAUUUAUUUAUCAUCUGUAUUGCACAAAAUGUACUUAGUGUAUGGCGGCUAUUUACGAGUGUCGCCUUUGUUAGUUAAUGUAUCUGAAAUUAUAGUAAAGUAACAUUCAUCAAGCAUGUGAUCUCAUUUCAUGUAAGAGUACCAGAUGUUUCGCCAUUUUGCAGUAUUUAUUAGAAUUGUACUACCUUCAGCAGAGCUCUUGUCUUAUGAAUGCACUCUUUUGAUUUGUAUACAUUCCAGUAUCUUCUCUCUUUAUAAUAGUUACUUCAGUGUGAGGUUUGAUGAUUUAGACAAGCUUUAUAGUUUCUUUAGGCGUCAUGAAUAUGGUUUUAUCUAAGUGUUAUUCUGUUUGCGUAUAAUCAUGAGCGUAUGUUUGGUUCCACUAGUAUCUGUACCGUGUAAAUAGUCUCGAUGUAUACCGGGUGGAGACUCGACGUGUGCGUGAAAUCAUUACGUAUGACUGAAUGAAUGUUUACACUUAGGAUAUUUAUUUCACUUAAGAAUUAACAUUAAUGUAAGUAGUCCAUUAACAUUGCCAAAAUUGAUCAGUACUUUUGUUUUAUAUUGUUGAUUUUAUAAUUUACCUUUUCCUUAAAUUAUUUAAAUAUUUAUUUUGGGACCAAAUUAAUUUAUUAUGAACUUGCAAUUUAUUAUUUAUGUAUUUGGGUGUGUGUUCAGGAGAAAGAUGUUUUUAUUUAUAAUUUAAAUAAAUAAACAAACCAAAGUCUACAAAA